AAGUUGUGUGGAAAUGUUGAUGCACAUUGGAGGACUUUCAAACAGCAGUUUGAGUUGUAUGUGGUUGCUAUUGGACAAAAAGCGGCUGUGGAUGAAAGAAAAAUCGCCCUGUUACUUACCAUUGCUGGAGCAGAUGCUGUGGAAGUCUAUAACACCUUUAAUUUUGAUGAAGAGGCAGACAAGAAGAAACUGGAUAAGGUACUGGAAAAAUUUGAUGCUCAUUGUUUAUCAAGGAAGAACGAGACAUAUGAACGAUAUGUGUUCAGAACACGUGUGCAGCAUGAAGGAGAGGCUUUUGAUUACUUUCUGACUGAUCUCAAGAUAAAAGCAAAGACUUGUAACUUUAAUGAAUUGAGAGAUUCAAUGAUUCGUGAUCAGAUUGUUUUUGGUAUUUAUGAGAAGAAACUGAGAGAAAGAUUGUUACGAGAAUCAGAACUCACCUUGGAUUAUGCUGUUAAAUUGUGUCAGUCCAGUGAAGUAGCGAGACAGCAAGUGAAGCAGUUUGAUGGAACUAAUACAGCCGCUAUGUCAUUUCCCAGUGUAGAAGUUGAUGCUAUUUCAUUCAGAGACAAGAGAAGAGGUAACACAAGAAGUUUUAGAGAUGAUGAUAAUGAAACAUUCUCAUGCAAGCGCUGUGGGAUCAAACAUAAAUUCAGACAGUGCCCAGCUUUCGGAAAAAGAUGUUCUAAGUGUAAUGGCCCCAACCACUUUGCAAAAAUGUGUUUUUCAAAAGAUAUGAAGAGGGAAAAUAAAGUGCAUUUAGUGGAGGAGGCAGAUGACAGUGAUUUGAGCGACUCAUUUUAUGUGAACAUGGUUUCUGAAGAGAAAGUAAAUCUGGAUGCUGAAACGUGUGUAUCAAGUGAUGAUUCAGUCAAGUCUUCGAUGUGGAUUGUUCCUCUUGUAGUUAAUGGGACCGUAGUACCCUUUAAAUUAGACACGGGUGCAAAAGUGAAUUUAAUUAAUGUCAGAGAUGUAAAAGUACUGAAGGAAAAACCUCUAAUUAAAAAACGUACAGUUCCCCUCAAAGCCUAUAAUGGACAACCAAUUGAAACGCGAGGAAUAUGCAGACUAAACAUACAAGUAAAAGGAAAGAUGAAGAGUUUGAUGUUUGUUGUAGUUCCCAAUGGUCAUGAAUCUCUUUUAGGAGAUAGAGCAUGUGAAGACCUUCAUUUGGUUAAAAGAGUGUAUCAAGUCAACAGGGAAACCGUAGUCUUACAGCCUGUCUGUGACAAUAUAACUGACAUUGUCAAACAAUUUCCAGAUGUUUUUGAAGGUCAAGGCACACUGCCAUUUACCUAUAAAAUACAACUGAAAGAUGAUGCUUCUCCAGUCAUUCAUGCUCCCCGGCGGGUCCCUGCACCUCUGCGUGAGGCCUUGAAAAAGGAAUUGGAUCGCAUGACCCAAUCAGGAAUCAUACAACGGAUUGAACAACCUACAGACUGGGUAAAUUCUAUAACUUGUGUGAAGAAGCCUAAUGGUGACUUAAGAGUGUGCUUAGAUCCUAAAAACCUCAAUGAUAGCAUCAAACGAGAACAUUACCAGAUACCCACUCGUGAAGAGAUCAUUAGUGACAUGUCAGGAGCUAAGUUUUUUAGCAAAUUAGAUGCAUCUCAAGGAUUCUGGCAGAUCCGAUUGGAUUCUGAGAGUAGCCAGUAUUGUACAUUUAAUACUCCCUUUGGGAGAUAUUGUUUUCUUCGACUUCCUUUUGGAAUAAAAUCAGCUCCUGAGAUUUUUCAUCGAGCCAUGGAAACCCUUAUUGAAGGUCUAGAGGGUGUUCGAGUAUAUAUUGAUGAUAUUGUGGUGUGGGGGUCCACCAUUCAACAACAUAAUCAGCGCUUAGUAAAAGUGAUGGAAAGAGUUCGAGCACAUGAUUUAAAGCUCAAUCAGAAAAAGUGUCAAUUUGGAGUCACAGAGAUUACAUUCUUAGGGGACAAGCUGUCUGCAAAAGGUGUGGAGCCACAUCCAGCAAAAGUGCAAGCUCUCCUUGAUAUGCCUCCACCUACGGAUAAGAAGGGAAUUCUGCGUGCUUUGGGAAUGGUGAACUUCCUGGGCAAAUUUCUGCCAAAUUUGUCAGCUAAAACUACCCAUAUGAGAAAGUUGUUACAAAAUGAUCAGGAGUUUGUCUGGACUUCAGUACAUGAUCAAGAAUGGAAGCAGUUAAAGGAGACUCUUACUACUGAACCUGUCCUUGUUUUUUUUGCUCACACACGACCAACUAAGAUCUCUACAGACGCCUCUCAGGAUGGAUUGGGGGCGGUGCUUCUUCAGGCCUUUGAGGAUUCCUGGAGACCUGUGGCCUAUGCUUCUCGAUCUAUGACAGAGACUGAAAGACGAUAUUCACAAAUAGAGAAGGAGACUUUGGGUUUAGUAUUUGGCUGUGAAAAAUUUCAUGGAUAUGUCUAUGGAUUACCUACUUUUACAGUAGAGACGGAUCAUAAGCCAUUAAUCUCCAUCAUUCAAAAGAACUUAAAUGAUAUGUCACCUCGAAUUCAACGCAUGAUUAUGAAAUUACAAAGAUAUGAUCUGAAUCUAGUCUAUACACCUGGAAAGUAUCUUAUUGUGGCUGAUGCACUGUCUCGAGCACCAGUAGCUUCGGAGAUCAGCAAAAUGGACGAAGUUGAGAGACAUGUGAGUAUGGUGUAUUCAGCGUUACCAGUUUCAGAUGAGAUGUUAAAGCUGAUCGCAGAGGAAACUGCAAAGGACGCUGAAUUGCAGAGGGUUAUUGCAUACCUUCAACAUGGAUGGAUCAAAGGCAAGUGUCCACAGUACUUUCCUUUAAGGGCAGAACUGAGUGUGGUUGAGGGCAUGUUGUUGAGAAUGAACAGAAUUGUCAUCCCAGUAUCAAUGCGCCACGACAUGCUUCGUAGAAUUCAUGAGGGACAUCUUGGUAUCGAAAAAUGCAAGAGAAGAGCUAGACAAGCUGUUUUCUGGCCUGGAAUUAAUGUGCACAUUGAGAAAUACAUCAAUCAAUGUGACAUCUAUCUAAGUCAUCAUUAUAAACUGGCCAAAGAACCUAUGAUGAUAGCUGCUCAUCCUACUGAACCGUGGCAAAAAGUAGGAACUGAUCUUUUCCAGUUGAAUGGUAAGGAUUAUCUGGUGGUUAUCGAUUAUUAUUCCAAUUAUCCUGAAGUUGAACAGCUCCAUCACACAACAUCAAAUGACAUGAUUCAACGCAUGAAAAGCAUCUUUGCAAGGCAUGGAAUUCCUCAUAUUGUGCAAAGUGACAAUGGUCCUCAGUACACUAGUUUUGAAUUCAAACUGUUUGCGGAACAGUACGGUUUUAAACAUACUACUUCAAGCCCACUUUAUCCAAAGGCAAAUGGUAAAGCAGAAAAAGGGGUACAAAUUGUAAAAAGACUUAUGAAAAAAGCCGCAGCAAGCAGGUCUGAUAUCAAUCUGUCUCUUCUGAGUUACCGUUCUUCUCCACUCAGUUGUGGAUUAUCUCCUGGGGAGUUAUUGAUGAACCGAAAACUGCGUGAUACACUGCCAAAAGUAUCCCUGAAAACAGAAAACAACAGUCUAUUGUUGAAAGAGAUGCAACAUCUUAAAGAGAAACAGAAAGAAUAUUAUGACAAGGGAGCUCGACAUCUGAAACCUCUUUCUGAACAAGAUACUGUUAGAAUUGCGGAGCCUAAUGGAUGGAAAAGGAAAGCUACAAUCCUAAAAGAGGUAAAUCCGAGAUCAUAUCUGGUUCAAACAGAAGAUGGCCAGAAAUUGCGGAGAAAUCGACAGAGCUUGAUUAAGACUGCAGAGAAAUGUCCUCCUGUUGAUGAGUCAAACCUGUUUGCAGAACUGCAGUCUUGUGAAAUGCCCUCUGUUGAUCUGCAACAUCAUGAAAUGCUAUCUCCAGGUACGUUUAAUUCUGCAGAAGAAAUUCGGGAACUCGAGUUAUCUGUACCAAAGACUGACAUGCCUCUUUUACGGAGAACUAAUCGAGUUCGAAAAGCUCCUGUUCGAAUGGACUUAUGAAAUGAACUGAUUGUACUUUUUUUACAGUUGGGCUGAUGUGAAUUAUUAGUAAUUGUGAAUUUAAUGUGUUAAAAAAAAAAAAAAAAAAAAAAAAAGGAAAAGAGAUGUAAUGAGUAUCUAUUGUGAUGAGUACUGAUUUAUGCCUGUAGGUGGCAGUAAUGUAUUGUAUAAAAUGAAGUGCAUUCCCUAGAGGAAGUGUUGGUAAUGGAGACAUGCUUUGUGUGCCACAUGGAAUAAAGACGCCAGUACCAUCUUUUCUUUAUAUCUUUAUUUGUUGUCUCUGAACAAUACACCCCCCCUCCCCCAGCCCACUGAACGUUUUCGUGUCCUAUUUAAACUACAUCAGUUCCUAGCCCACACCAGUAUGAGUGGCAAGGCUAGAGCAGCCUGCGCGUUCGUGACAGCAGCAGUGAUCCAUCUGAUGGCCGGUUUAAAGAUAAUACUGUUAGCAUUUGUUUUUAUUCUUGCGAGCUCAGCGGCAUCUAACGAAUGCCCAGCAAAUCAGGAAACAUCGUGCGACAGCCUGCGCGCGCCCCAUCAUGGAUACACCUACACGGUACCAGCGGACAUACCAUGCUCUGAAGAUUGCGAACACGGGUGGUACUAUCAGAAUGGUACGUUUAUUAUCGACUCAACUCCGAAUGCCGAUGGAAAGAGGUUACCAGUGGUAGUGGAUGUAACGCCCCAGAAGCUGUCAUUGAGUGUCUGCGAGAACCUGAAAUGGGAACUUAUAUGUGCCAAGUGUAACUGCAGUAUCAAUUAUCAAGUUACAAGAUCCAUAAAACAUCCAGGAGCACGUGACACCUUGACAAGAAAUAAUACAUCAGUGGAUGAACAAGAUGGCAACCGCAAAGGCAACGAUUUUCCUGACUGGGCUAUUGCUUUACUCGCAAUUGCUGGUGGAAGUAUCGUCAUUUUAUUCAUUGGAAUAAGGGCAAAACGCUUCUGUAACAAAAAACAAAAUGCUGUGAUAUAGUGGCAAUGCUUUGAUUUUGUGCCUUCGAAGAAAUCACCUCAGGUUGUUGCAGAGGGACUGUGCCUCCAAUACCAUUUAUAUAAGCAUCUUUGGAUGACCAAAAUAAUCACUAUUGUACUUUAUUUCCAAUUGUUUUUUGUUUGUUUUUUGUAUGAUUUUUCACAUAUAAAACAUUCUGUUGUUUUAGUA